CGAAGGUUCCGAGGUUAAGGUGGACCCCUCAUCUCCACCAUUGCUUUGUCCAAGCCGUGCAACGCCUCGGCGGCCAUGAAAGGGCAACGCCUAAGAUGGUUUUGAAGCUAAUGAACGUAAAGGGACUAAGCAUUUCUCAUGUCAAGAGCCACUUACAGAUGUACAGGAGCAAGAAUGUUGAUCAUGCUGAUGAGCAGCACGGCCAUGUGAUGAAAGAGGGAGCAGUCUACAACUUCUGGCAAUUGCCUGCAGCCUUUGAUCAAAGAAUAAUGAGAUCCUUCAGGAGGUGGCCAUAUGAUAAUUCUUGGAGCAGUAAUAGUACUGUAAACUACUGGAUGUCUACAAGGAACAACAUGAUAAUGAAUAGAGUGAAGAACAAGUUGAUGAUCUUCAAAACCCCAAUGUGGAGAAAUCUACAUCUGUUCUCUUUUCUCUGUCUCCAAGAGGUAGAGAUGGUGGCGGCUAUAGACGAUGGUGCGAAAGUAGUGAGGGUUGAGGGGCGAUGGUGUUAAGGUUUAAGGCGAGAGUGGUGGGGGCGGGGUCAAUCGCCGGCGAUGAUUGGGGGUGGGUCAAUCGCCGGCAAUGAUUGGGGAGCGGUUGGGGCUGUAAGUGUAAAACAAGAAAGAAACGAAGGUUAUAUUA